AAAGGCUGUCAAAGCUUCAAGAUGGUGAAAUUUGGGCUCCAGUUUAAAGCCCUGCUGGAGAACAUCACCAAUCUGAGACCAGAUGGCGACGAUUUUCGCUGGUUUCUCAAGCUGAAGUGUGGGAACUGCGGCGAAAUCCCCGACAAGUGGCAGUAUGUCACCAUGGUGGAAAGUGUUCCAUUGAAAGGAGGACGGGGCAGCGCCAGCAUGGUGCAGAAGUGUAAACUUUGCUCCCGGGAAAAUUCUAUCGAUAUAUUGGGCGACACAAUCACACCUUAUAAUGCUGAGGACAGUGAGAAGUUCAAGACGAUGGUGCAGUUUGAAUGCCGUGGUCUGGAACCUGUCGACUUUCAACCACAGGCUGGCUUUGCUGCACAAGGAGCAGAAUCUGGAACACGCUUUGCGGAAAUCAAUCUGCAGGAGAAAGACUGGACAGAUUAUGAUGAGAAAGUCAACGAAUCCGUGGGCAUAUAUGAAGUGACACACCAGUUUAUCAAGUGCUGAUUCCUUCUUCAGAAAGAUGAACACUAUGUCUUCGUCUGGACCUGUUGCAUGGCAACAAGGAGGCGUCCGUGGCUUGGAUGGGAUGAUCAUGAACUUUGAAUUGAUGGCCGUCUGUGAUGGAUCAAGUUUGUUGCAAUAAAUAAGGAAA